AUGUCUGGACUGCCCUCUGACGAGGUCGCUGAAGACUACAAAGGUUCUUUGGAAGAUCUUGUGACCAACGACAGAUACCAAAUCUCGAACCUGACCUUGAUCGCGAAAGAGAAUAUUGAACACGCUGAAGCAAUCUCGCGAGUUCUUCAAAACCAUAUCAAUCGAGCUCCUCCUGCUCGAAAGCUGCCGGCGUUAUAUGUAUUGGACUCGAUUGCCAAAAAUGUGGGAUCACCGUAUACGGUGUACUUCGGGCGGAAUCUCCAUCAAAUCUUUAUGCUUGCUUAUUCCCAAGUCGACGGAAAUGUUCGGCGGAAGCUGGAGGAGAUGCUCAAGACAUGGCGAGAACCAGUUCCGGGGUCCUUGUCAACCACCCCGGUCUUCCCUCAUUCAAGCACCCAGACCAUUGUCGACAGUCUCAACAAGUUUCGCAGCGCUACACCUGCAGCGAACCGCUAUCAAUCCACGCCCACACCCGUUCACGGUGCGCCAGUCAGGGUAGCGUCAACUCAGCCUUACCGCAGUACGCCCACGCCUCCUCAGAGUUUGCCGCCCUUCAACCCUUCCAUCCCAUCGCAUACUAGAAGUCCACGGCCGCAGCAAGCCAUCCCACAGCAAUCAUUUCAGCCAGCUCCGCCCGUGUCUUACGCCCAAGCCUUUCCCCUCCAAGCACCACCAUUUUAUCCUCAAUCUUCGCAACCGCCACAGUUUCCACCGCCUACGCCACUCCCUCGUCCUGUGUCUUCUGCCGGAGGCGUAGACCUCAAGAAGCUGCAUACCGACAUCGAUGAUCUUACGACCGAUGCGAAGAUUGUGUGCGCUACGCAUCCGAUGGAUCAAGCUGCUCAAAGAAAGUUGACCAGCCUUCAGACGCUAAAGGAGAUCUUGGAUAGUGGAAGUGCAUCAGAGGGUGACUUGGUGGAAAUUCGAAACACCAUUACACAAAAGAUGGCUGAGAAGUCGAUCGCUGCUCGUCAGCAGCAAGCCCAGACUACGGUUCCCGUACUGCCACCGAAUCCUCUCCUCAACCCUUACAUGCCGCCACAGCCACCAGUUCAGCAUGCUGCUGUAUCGGCGACUCCUACAAGUACCCUCUUCAACAGUAAAAACUUAGCCGAAUUACUGCGCGCGACUGUUAGCCAGCAGCAACAAAGCGCGCCGCCGCCGAAUUAUUACGCUCCACCUCACUCCGGCAUGAACACUCCACAGUCAUUACCGCAGAUUCUACCUUCGGCGCCAGAAAAUCCACUACUAGCACAGCUCCGUGCCUCGGGUCUUUUGUCUGCAGCCACAACGCCACCACAGGGUGCUACACCCCCUGUAGCCUCAUUCGCUUUUGGCAACGAUGUGAUGACAGAGGUGACCUUGACUUCGGCUUCUAUUAGAAUCCCACGUCCGCACCUGAUCUCCAGUUUCCUCAACGCUCGGCCAAAUCAGUGCAGCACUUGCGGGAAACGUUUCACGGCUGACGAUUCUGGAAAAGAAAAGAAAGCGCGUCACUUGGACUGGCAUUUCAAAACAAAGGCGCGAAUGUUGGAGGCUGAGAAGCGGGGACAGAAUAGAAGUUGGUAUGUCGAUGAACGAGAAUGGAUCGCAAGUAAAGAAUAUGAAGACGAGGCUGGUCCUGAAGAAGGCGCCUCCAAUGGUGCCUCUGUAGCAGCGAAAAAGCAGCCACAAAAUUUUGUACGAGUGCCUGCAGAUCCUGUGCUGCGAUCCUUGGCUUGUCCGAUCGACCAGGAGCCAUUCAAAAGUGAGUGGAGUGAGGAAGUCCAAGACUUCAUCUGGAAGGAUGCUGUCAACGUUGGUGGUCGCUAUUAUCAUGCAAGUUGCUAUGCCGAAAUCACAAAAGGUCGGGAGAAGGACGGAGUGUCGACACCGAUAGGAGGAGUCAGGAGAACCGCGACCCCUGAUUCGGUGCUUGGAAAGCGGAAGGCAGAAGUAUGA